AUGCAAGGUGAUCCCGAUGCCGCACUGGGCCUGGAGUCGUCAACAAAGGAAGGCGGGAAGGAAAACACGCCGCCCUGCAAGCGACGCAAGAGUGCAGACAAAGUGAAGGGUGAGAAGGGCAUAGAAAUCGUGAGCCCUCGAGAUCUGCAGCCACCGCCUCCAGAGGACAUGGCGCUGGGCACCGAGAUCCCCUGGUUCUCGCUGAAUGACAUCGACGUCGGCAAACGCCUGGGGGCCGGGAAGUUCGGCUCUGUCUAUGUUGCACGCUGCCGCCGGACAGGCUUCAUCUUUGCUCUGAAAGUGCUUGACAAGCGCCAGCUCAUCAAGCAUCGCGUCGAGCACCAGUUGAGGCGAGAGAUCGAGAUCCAGUCUCAUUGCCGCCAUGUCAAUAUUCUUAGACUCUACACCUUCUUCCACGAUGAGAAGCGUGUCUACCUUUGCUUGGAGAUGGCCCCGGGUGGAGAGCUGUACCAAUUGUUGCAGAGCCGUCGCACCUUCUCGGAGGCGCGAUCAGCUUGGUACUUCAAGCAGAUGGUCGAGGCCAUCCAGUACUGCCACGCCAAGCACAUCAUCCACAGAGACAUCAAGCCAGAGAACAUUCUCAUUGGCUUGAAGGACACGCUGAAGAUUGCAGACUUCGGCUGGGCCGUGCAUGCGCCCACGUCACGCCGGGAGACUUUCUGCGGUACUCUGGAUUACCUUCCUCCGGAGAUGGUCAUGAGCAAGAAGUACCACGGCAACGUUGAUAUCUGGGGCCUCGGUGUGCUCUUGUACGAGUUUAUGGUGGGCAAGCCGCCCUUCGAGGACUCAAGCGAGAAGGGUACCUACCGAAAGAUCAAGAGCGGAGCGAUACAUUUUCCCACAACUAUGACCAAGGAAGCCAAAGAUCUAAUCUCGAAGCUGCUGACGAAGAAUCCCAGCGACAGACUUACGCUCGAUGCAGUGCUGCGUCAUCCGUGGGUGUCCAUCAAUACCAGUGGAGACAAUGCCAAGCGGCUUCAAGAGUAUUAUGGAGGCAUUGUCUAA